UGAUUGUCAAAAUUUGCUGUUUUUUUUUUCAAUUUUGGAAUCCCACAAUAUUAUUUUUUAAUUUCUUGUUUUCCAACAUUAUGCCUACUCUAGAAACUCAGUAUAGCUCAAGAAGUCCAGGUGUUAAGCGUCUUAUGAGAGAGGCAAUUGAAUUGGCCAACGCCACAGAAGAUUACUAUGCCUGUCCUCUAGAAGCUAAUCUAUUCGAGUGGCAUUUUACAGUGAGAGGCCCUCCGGAAACCGAAUUCGAAGGUGGUUACUAUCACGGCAGGAUUUUGCUACCCCCUCAAUACCCAAUGCAACCACCCAAUAUCAUUUUGUUAACACCAAAUGGAAGGUUUGAGAUUAAUAAGAAAAUUUGUUUGUCAAUUUCCGGAUACCAUCCAGAAACUUGGCAACCUUCUUGGUCUAUAAGAACAGCACUACUUGCACUGAUUGCUUUUAUGCCUACCAAAGGUGUUGGUACUAUUGGAUCUUUGGAUUACACUCCAGAAGAACGGCAAGUUUUAGCAAAAAAAUCCAAAAGUUGGGAAUGUGUGACUUGUGGAAAAAUUGCUGAAAAACUUUUGUCAGCUGAAGCUGCCUCAAGUCCUGCUCUAACUAAAGAGGAAUCGAGUAUGCUGGAAAAUAUUGCCUUGAAAGCUGAAGAGGAUGCCAAUCGCAAAGAAGUAAAUAAUUUAGAAGAAGCAGAAGAAAUUAAGCCUAAAGGCCGUUCAGUACCAUUUAUAGAACCAGAAAUAAGCCAAGAAGAUAGUUUGAGGCAAAGGAACUUGCCUACUACUUCACAAGCAGCUGAAUUAUUGCAAAACGAAAUAACAGAUGAACUUUUAAGGGCUAGCAUUGAACGAAGUAAAAGGGACAAAUUGUGGAAAAUGGUCGUAUAUGGAAUAAUAGCAGUUAUACUGCUGCUGAUAAUAAGAAGGCUAUUUUUUAUUUAGUUUGAAAUUUUGUUGUUCCUAGAAAAAAACUGAUUGUGUAUUUGCAUGGAAAUUUAUUUGAUGUUAAAUAAUAAUUAACUUGUAAACUGUACUGAAAUUAUUCCUGGAAAACCUGCUUUUUAUACACAAAUGUGAUUUGAUAUUUAAAUAAACCUUUUAACUUUUGAGUGUAUUUAAAUUUACGGUGUUGUCAGUAUUAUUUAUUUGCAUCUAACUAUUUUCAAUGGGUUUCUUUGAAAUUACUUUUUUGUUAGGGAAUUAUAUAUUAUAUGGA